AUGGCUAUGGAAGUCACACAAGUUCUUUUGAGUGCACAAGCGGUUGAUUCAACUAUAAGGAAGCAUGCUGAAGAAACUCUGAAACAGUUUCAGGAGCAAAACCUUCCUGCCUUUCUGUUGUCCCUUUCUGGGGAGCUUGCUAACGAGGAGAAGCCUGUUGAAAGCCGUAAACUAGCAGGCUUGAUUCUUAAAAAUGCUUUGGAUGCCAAGGAGCAGCACAGAAAACAUGAGCUCUUUCAAAGAUGGCUAUCAUUGGAUCCGGCUGUGAAGAGCCAGAUCAAAGCAAGCUUGUUACUGACCCUCUCCUCUGCUGCAUUGGAUGCUAGGUCAACCACAUCGCAAGUCAUUGCCAAGGUUGCCGGCAUUGAAAUGCCACAGAAGCAGUGGCCUGAGCUAGUGGCUACCCUCUUAUCCAAUGUUCAACAAGUUUCUCCCCAUCUCAAGCAAGCCACCCUUGAGACACUGGGGUAUGUGUGUGAAGAAGUUGAACCAGAUGUUGUUGAUCAAGAUGAAGUGAAUAAGAUACUCACGGCUGUGGUUCAAGGCAUGAAUUCUAACGAGGGUAAUACUGAAGUGCGUCUUGCCGCCACCCGGGCUUUGUACAACGCGCUUGGGUUUGCCCGUGCGAACUUCUCCAAUGAUAUGGAGCGUGAUUACAUAAUGAGGGUUGUUUGCGAAGCCACUCUGUCGCCCGAAGUCAAAAUCCGUCAGGCUGCAUUUGAGUGCCUGGUCUCUAUCGGCUCGACUUAUUACGAGAAGUUAUCACCAUACAUCCAAGACAUCUUCAGCAUCACGUCCAAAGCCUUUUUGGAUGAUGAGGAGCCUGUGGCUCUUCAGGCAAUCGAGUUUUGGAGUUCGAUCUGCGACGAGGAGAUUGAUAUUCUGGAGGAGUAUGACGGAGAUUUGAGUGCCGAUUCUGAUGUUCCGUUCUUCAAUUUCAUUAAGCAGGCACUGCCAGCACUUGUUCCUUUGUUACUGCAGACACUUCUCAAGCAAGAGGAAGAUCAGGAUCAGGACGAGGGUUCUUGGAAUCGCGCGAUGGCCGGUGGAACCUGCCUUGGCUUGGUGGCUCGUACAGUCGGGGAUGAUAUUGUGCCGCUUGUGAUGCCAUUUAUAGAAGAAAACAUAGCGAAACCCGACUGGAGGCAGAGAGAGGCAGCCACUUAUGCAUUUGGCUCCAUACUGGAAGGCCCCUCCCCCGACAAACUAAUCCCUCUCGUCAAUGUUGCUCUCAACUUCAUGCUGACUGCUUUGACCAACGACCCGAGCAGCCACGUGAAGGACACGACCGCGUGGACCCUUGGGAGAAUCUUCGAAUUCCUUCAUGGGUCGACCUCUGAGAACCCCAUCAUUACCGCCGCAAACCUCCAGCCGAUCGUCACCGUCCUUCUCCAGAGCAUGAAGGACGCCGCCCCUAACGUGGCCGAGAAGUCUUGUGGGGCCCUCUAUUUCUUGGCCCAAGGCUAUGAUUAUGCGGGGUCACCCUCACCCCUGACCCCCUACUUCCAGGAGAUAGUCCGGUCCCUUCUCGACGCCACCCGCAGGGAGGACGCCGGCGAGUCCCGGCUACAGACAGCUGCCUAUGAGGCGCUGAAUGAGGUUGUCAGGUCCUCCUCAGGGGAUGAGACGGCUCGCCUGGUGCUGGAGCUUGUCCAAGUCAUCAUGGCCGAGCUUCACAAAACACUUGAGGCUCAAACACUCUCGUCGGAUGAGAGGGAGAAGCAGAAUGAGCUGCAGGGCCAACUCUGUGGGUGUCUCCAGGUCAUCAUCCAGAAACUGGGAGCUUCUGAUCCCACCAAGCAUGCCCUAAUGCAGUAUGCCGACCAGAUUAUGAGCCUCUUCCUGCGGGUCUUUGCGUGCAGGAGCGCUACCGUUCAUGAGGAAGCCAUGCUCGCCAUUGGCGCUUUUGCCUACUUGACGGGCUCUGCCUUUGAGAAGUACAUGCCGGAUUUCUACAAGUAUCUGGAGAUGGGUCUGCAGAAUUUCGAGGAGUACCAGGUGUGUGCAGUAACUGUGGGUGUUGUGGGGGAUGUGUGCAGGGCAUUGGAGGACAAGAUCUUGCCCUACUGUGAUGGGAUUAUGACCCUUCUUCUCAAGGACUUGUCGAGCGAUGAGCUGCACAGGUCCGUGAAGCCGCCCAUCUUCUCAUGUUUUGGGGAUAUAGCUCUUGCUAUUGGGGAGAAUUUCGAGAAGUAUCUGAUGUAUGCGAUGCCCAUGCUUCAGAGUGCUGCCGAGUUGUCUGCCCGUGCGUCGGCAGGCGAUGACGAGAUGAUCGAGUAUACGAAUCUCCUCAGGAAUGGGAUUCUGGAGGCAUACUCCGGUAUAUUUCAGGGGUUCAAGAACUCGCCCAAAACACAGCUCCUGAUGCCGUAUGCGCCUCACAUCCUGCAGUUCUUGGACGCGAUGUACAUUGCAAAAGACAUGGAUGAUUUAGUGAUGAAAACUGCUGUAGGCGUUCUUGGGGAUCUAGCGGAUACUUUAGGAAGCAAUGCUACUGCCUUAAUGCAGCAAUCUGUGUCGAGCAAAGACUUUUUGAAUGAAUGCCUGUCUUCUGAGGACCAUUUAAUUAAAGAAUCUGCUGAGUGGGCCAGGCUGGCCAUUUCUCGUGCCAUAUCUGUCUAA